AUGGUGUUGGAUGAUAUGGCUAAGAAGAAGGAACUGUCCGAGGCGUUCACAUAUCACUAUGAGGUUAAUGCUAUUAACCAGUUGGUUGCUCUGUUUUGGUGCGAUGGUUUGAUGAAGAUGAAUUAUCAUAUGUUUGGUGAUAUUGUGGCGUUUGACUCUACCUACAACCCAAACAGGUAUUGUAUGAUCUUCACGCCAUUCACGGGAAAGGACAAUCAUGGAAGACCUGUAACAUUCGCCGCUGGUUUGGUGUGCAACAAAACAAGGGCUUUUGCUUGGUUAUUUAAACAUUUCGUUGAAUGCAUGGGUGUUGCUCCAAAGAUGAUCGUAACAGAUCAAGAUUUGGAGAUGAGAUCAGCUAUUGAAGAGGUUCUUGUCGGGACUCGCCACAGAUGGUGUAUGUGGCAUAUUAUGCAUAAGUUGGCCACCAAAGUUCCGAACAGGUUACUGAGGGACGGAGAUUUCAAGAAAGAAUUCAAUGCAUGUGUCUGGUCGGACUUGCUUGAACCCCACGAAUUCGAAGAAGAGUGGAAUGGAGUAGUGGAACGUUAUGGCCUGGAAGACAUUGACUGGUUCAACCCCUUGUACGACUAUAGGCAUGUCUGGAUACCUGCGUACUUCAGAGAUUUUCCACUUGGGUCGAUGAUUAGGACUACCUCGAUAUCUGAAUCGGAGAACAGCUUCUAUAAAAACUUUUUGAAGCCACGCGCUAACAUCGCCGAAUUCUACUUGAAUUUCAACAAUGCUCUGGAAUUUCAGCGAAACAGUAGAACAAAGUUGGACUACCACGAUGCAACUGCCCUGCCCAUAUUGGCCACUACCUUGCCAUUCGAGAAACAUGCUUCGACGAUGUACACCGAUAGUAUGUUCAAGAAAAUACAAGAGGAAAUUGUUGAGGGUAAUGACAGAUGCUGA